AUGCGCUGUUCACUUUCUUCACACCACUCCCAGGCAGCCAUCACGAGCCAGCUGCGUGAUCGCAACUUGGCCAAUGCCGACGAGCUGAUAAAAAUGCUGAUCCAGGCAUUCAUGGAGGAAGAGGUCCCGGUGACUCCUAGAAUAGCACAUCGCUUCAUGGAAUUCUGGAACAACUAUGCGGACCUCGUUGACUCGGACGCGGAAGCCCUGAUGCUCCUGGACAGGAUGCUCGAAGCAGAACGCUACCUGCAUGAAGUAGGCUACCCGGUGGAGGACGAAAACGGCAUCAGGUGCUGGUUAACAGCACAGCUCAGCAUCGGCCCGCUGCUGCUGCGCGCCCGACCCAAUCGGGUCGGCCUGGCGCUGAGCCACUUUGCCAAGGGAUUCUCACCGGAGCUGCUGUACAGGGCCAUGCUCGCGGCUCUGGAGGACAAGGGCCUACGAGAGGAGACCCUGAUGGCCUGGUCCCGCAUCGUGCUGACGUAUGCCGCGACAGAUUGGAGCUUCUAUAACGAGGAGCCAUUGAAUGCACUGAACGAGGGCCUGUCAUUCUGGGGCUUCGUCUUCCCAGUUGAUAGGGCGCCCGACAUUCCCUUGGUCCACUUCAUUGAGAUGUUCAUCACGUCGGUACAGAAGAAGCUCUUCCCGCUCGCGCGGCUGCUUUUGGCUCGGUAUCGGCCCCUCCUCGCGCGGGACCCAGCGCUUGCAAAACUGGCCGAGAAAGCGAUAGCCCUGCACUCCGACCCCAGGAAAGCGCGGUCCCGAGAUUUCGACUGGGACGCCCUCAAGAGAGGGAUCAACCCAGCGUAG